AAAAAAAAAUUAACAAAUACAAAAUUCCUCCUUCGAACCCGAUGAUUUCUCAUCGGCGGCGGCGUUCUGAAUAGAAUCUAGUGGGGUACCUUAUAGUCGACGAGGCCACCUUCUUCAAAAAUAUUGUCGCGAAAACGCGUACCUACGAUGCGGCAGUGUAGUGAAUCCGUCCACACACUCAGGAAGUGACUGACCACCGUUCAAAGUACGCGCCGGAGAAAGUCCCCCGCGGUAAUCACAUUUAAUUGGAUUUUGCUGCUAUUAUCUACCUGUGAAUGUUUGUUUGAAUUCUCUCCGGAGGAUGUCUGAGACAGUUUUAGAUGAAACAUCACACAUCGAAACUAUUCUGGAAGAAUCAGAUAACGAGAAAGAGAAAUGUGGAGACGUUUAUCAAGAAGAAAAAGAAUUUGAAAAGGAAGAGGUUCUCUUUGUUUUUCAGGAGUUCAGCUACAGGGAGCAUGCCAAAGUUUUUAGCAAGGAGGUACUGGAAUAUUUCUUCAGUUUUGUGAAUGGUGAGAAAGAUUUCGAUUAUGAAGAACGCUACGCAAAGGCCAAGCAGCUACUCCCUUACAAAGAAGCACCUCCCUUCCUUCAGCACAACCCCUACAUCUUAUCGGGUUAUCGAGGAAUUUUAAGCACCGCACACUGUAUCGAUAGCGUAUUUUGGUGGACCAACGAGUCCAUCAACAUUUGGUCACAUCUAUUCGGAUUAUUGCUGUUCACUGGACUCGCAAUAAAUGAUUUGUUUAUAUUGAAAGUUGAGGCUUCUUUCUCUGACAAAUUCAUCGUGGCAUCCGUUUUGGUCUGCUUCCAGAUAUGUAUGUCCCUGUCCUCCAUCUACCACACAUUCAACUGUAGAUCUCAUAGAGACUGUGAUAUAUUUCUCAGUUUCGAUCUCUUUGGGAUAGCUUUGUCAUUGCUGGCUAUCUACACAUCAGGAAUCUAUUAUGCUUUCUGGUGCGACUCAGACUUGCAGAAUUUCUACAUGAGCACAGUGACGUUCAUCUUCGUGAUAGCCAUGCUACUUCAAGUGCCUCAUUUCCAAGUCGAUCCAUUCAUCCAGAUAUUCGUAUUCGUUGCCUGGGCUGCUUAUGGUGUCGUUCCUACUUUUCACUGGACGGUUGUAAUGGGAGGAUGGGAAAAUCCCAUAGUAUCUCUGCUUCUUCCCAGAGUACUGGGUAUGUACAUCAUCACAGGAACAGCUUUCUUUAUAUACCUCACAAAAAUACCAGAACGUUUUUCAAACGGUCGUUACGAUUUUAUAGGCCAUUCCCAUCAGUGGUGGCAUCUAUUUGUUGUACUUGCUCUUUACUAUUGGCAUAAUACGGGCAUGUUAUAUGUUGACUACAGAUUGAAUCACGGAUGUGCUAAUCACAUGAAAUUGCCAUGAAUCAGUAUGAAAUCGAAUAUCAAAACAUCGGUAUUCAAUGAUUUUGUAUCAUAGGUAAUGAAAAAUAGGGAAAUUUUCCUAUAAUGAAAACAAGGAGAUCAAACCUCCAAAUAGGGUUAUGUGUACAAUUCUGGAAAAAUGUAUGUAUGGAUAGUUGUUGUAUUUGUUUUAUUUAUUGGAUAAUAAAAAUAUUUUUUCAUGUA